CACGUUCAUCACGUGCCAUGUCGCGCGACGCGUCCCGUCAUCGAGUCUGACAUGGUUGUUGCUUCAACCUCUGCUUCGACCUCACAUCCGCUUCGACCUCGGCCUCACAUCCCAGUCCGUAUUCGUUCUCAAUCAUCGAUUCCCGCUUCGAUUAGAGCGUGUUGCAUGAAGGAAAUUCAUGAAAUUGGUUCUAGAUGGCGUCUGGGGCUUACUUCUGUCACGGUGUCCCGACGAUAGAAGAAAACCACAUAUCCGCAUCACACCGUGCGUAAUGCGCUCUCUGGACACCUCCAUCGUCGAAUUCCCCAAGUCGACGCGUCAGCGCGUGCUCGAAGACCACGCGUUGUACGCGCAGAUGGAAGUAUCAUCUUUCCGAUGUCAGCAUCGACAAUGCAUGGAAAUUCCUCGAGCUAUGUAAAAGCCAC